UGCAGGGAAAUAUCUGUUCAAUAAUACAUGAAAAGAAACACUUGAAACCGAUAAAUAAGAUUAGUCUGAAAGCACGAUAAUGGUUGGUAUAUAAACAAUGGAACGAUUGAGGAAAUAUCAAUUUUAAUUUGUGCAUCAGAGAUUAACAGCUCAGUAUGAAAUUCAUUAUCGCAUUGGUUGCUACUCUAGUAGCAUGCUCCGAAGCUGUCCGCUUCAACAUCCAAAACCUAGACGGAGGUCCAAUCUGGAUCGGUAUCCAAGGCAACCCAGGCAAAGAGAACUUGGCCAAUGGCGGAUUCAAACUUGCUCAAGGCGAAUCUAGAAGUCUGGACGCUGCCAGCGACUGGGCAGGAAGGUUCUGGUCCAGGACUUGGUGUUACGAAGAUCAGGACAACCAUUGCUACACUGGUGACUGUGGCAACAAGGUCGAAUGUAACGGUGCCGGUGGUACUCCUCCUGUUACUUUGAUUGAAAUCACUCUGAACGGAUAUGGAAACAUUGACUAUUAUGACAUUUCUUUGGUUGACGGAUACAACAGUAUGGCUUCGAUCGAACCGGUUAACGGCAACGGCGACGGAGGCGAGUACAGCUGCAAACAAGCCAAAUGCGCCACCAACAUCAACGGCCAAUGUCCCUCCGAACUCCAGAUCCUCAGCCCCGACGGCAGUCAGGUCAUUGCUUGUAAUUCCGCUUGUAACGCUUUCCACACCGACGAGUAUUGUUGUGCCGGAUCCCAUAACACCCCCGAAACAUGCAAGAGCUCGGACUGGCCCACAGAUUACCCCGCCAUGUUUAAAAGCGCCUGUCCAGACGCGUACAGCUACGCUUACGACGACCACAAGAGCACGUUCACGUGCCAGGCCAGCGAGUACAACAUUCACUUUGGCAGCGCUUAGAUUUUAAGUUUAAUCGAGUUAAGGUAUUGUUAAUGAAACUAUUAUUUUGUUAGGAUAAUAAAUCUAUUUUUAUACCGUU